CAAAAAUUAGCUUGGCAUUUUACUGAUACUGAAAAUAAAAAUGUUAUCAUUUAUUGAUAACAAACUUAACCUUCUUCCUACAAUACCGGUUUUGAGUAAACAUUUAAUGUUAAGUUCAUAGAUAUUUGCUCAAUCACCUUUUACAAAAUGUUACCUAGUUGUAGUAUUUUUUACAAAAAUUUAAUAUGUAUGUAUUUGAAGAAGUCAAAUAAAAAUGUCAUCUGCCUAUCUGAAGAAAAAUUAAUGAUAAAAUUAAGUGAUUUCAGUACAUUAUUUUUUUCUUUAUUCAAAUAAUGUUUAUUUAGAAAUUAAUUUCUGUAUUCGAUCCUAACUAUCUAUGAAAUUUCUGAAACAAUGUCUUCACCGAAAUUGGAGGAAGAAGGAGUACUCAGGGAAUGGGCUCCUUUGAGUAAAUUGUUACACCAAAUACCUAUGAAAAUGAGACAAGGUAUGUUUUUAGAAGAUUUAAGAUUUACUUCUGUUGAUGCAACAACUGAAUGUAUUGUUCUGGGUUCAAAUUGCGGUACCUGUUUUUGGUAUGACAGAGGAACUCAUUAUGUACAACAUUUGCGACCUGAGAAAGGAGCUAAUGCUAUUACAUGUGUGAAAGUUGUGUCUACUGUAGACUUUAUGGUUGCAUGUGGUGAUAAUACGGGUAUUGUUUCUAUUUUUAAGAUUCCUAAAAGUAUGGAAAACUUCAGUGGAUCUGGAAAUAAUUUAUCACAAAAGAUUGAAAGGUAUACUGUUGAUGGUCUUCAUAAAACCAGAGUCACUGCUUUAGAAUGGAGUAUGAACGGACAGAAACUUUUUAGUGGAGAUUCUGAUGGUGUUGUUGUUUUUACAGAAAUGGAUUUUGUAAUGAAUAUAAGUAAAGCUAGAGAAGUUUUAAAUGAAAAGUAUUCAAUCGUUCAGCUUAAUUAUAUUCAGCGUGAACAAAUUUUAUUGGUUGCUUCUAAACUUCGCUGCAUUAUCUGGCGUGGGCAAAAUACUAAUCAUACAAUCACUCAAAUCGGGCAGAGAGAGCGCCCCAGUUUGCUUUCACUUGGAGGUACAUUAGUUUAUGAAGAAUCUGGAGAGGUUACUGUGUACAGUUGCAGAGGAGGUCUUAAACUGUGGAAAGCUGAUUUAACUGGUGAUGUUAAAUAUACAUUGUUAUUUAAGGAAGCCUUGAAGAAUUGCAAAAAUCCAGUUAAACUUUUGAAACAGUUAGAUACUGUGGAAAAUAAUAAUAAACUUCCUGAAUUUGGGAGUAUUUAUUCUUGGAGGGAUGGUCUAUUUGUUUCAUUUAGAAAGGAUAGUAUUGUAGUUUUUGAUCCACAUCAAUUAACAGUUGUCGCAACAUUACUUAACAUCAAAGAAAUCAUUUGUGCCUGUACAACCAGAACUGAAUUGUUCUUUAUAUCUGGACAGCGAGAUCUUAUUCGUUUGGGCUAUACUCCAGAUCUUUAUGAUAGCAGUAUUGGUGGAUUUGGAAAUAUGGCUACUGGAGAAUGUGUUUCAGGACUUCCAGAAGUAUCUAUCGAACCUGUUUAUGGCUCUCCAAUAUCAUCCUCUUUUUCUAGAAAUUCUUACUUAUCAGCAUCAACUGCGAAUUCUGAACUAAGUUCAAGUGAAGUUAUCUAUGGAACAGACCCAUCAGUACUUCCUCCUGUUGUGUCUUUACAUGAUGGUAUACCUGAACUCAGAAUACAGCCUUCAAGGUACCAGCAAUUUACUACAAUCGGAAAACAAGGAUUUGAUGACAUCAUCUACUCUCAGAAACGCCUUCAGAAACACAAGAAUAGAAGGAAAAGUGCUGAGUUGGUAGAACAAAAGCCAAAAUCUUCACGGCUAUCUUUUGAUGGUUUUGCAUCGUAUGUUAACACUUUCGGGAAAUUUCUCAAUGGUGAAUUUUCAUCUUCAAUUUGUGAUGGUGAAUUGGAACCAGUGGUAAACUCAGAAAUAUCGCAGGAUAUCUUGCCCGACACGAGAGAUUUAGAGACCAUCGUACAGGAUGUGACGCGGAAAGAGAUGCUUCUUGAAGCUUCACUAGAAAAUUUAAUGGUCAAUCUUCAUCCUCUUGAAUCAUCUUGUGAAACUGUUGAUUCAUUUUGUAAAAAAGAAAUUUUCAAAAGUUCAGCCGACUUAACUGAUCCUGUUCCUAACUCAGAGAAAGAAAUUAAUGUGAAUACUGUUGAAGUACAUUUAAAUUUGCCAAAAGAAGAAAUAGCUGUUAUUUCAAAGGAAAUUGGCAGUCUUACUACAGAGAGCAAUUUACAGGAACCAGAAUCUGACAAAGUGAACAAUAUUGAUGACACAAACUCAUCUAAAAUAAACCAAAAAAUUCAUGAAGAAUCCAAAAAUGCAAUUUGUGAAGAAGAUAUAAAAUCUGAAAGUAAUGAAAAUAAUAUUCUUGUUGAAGACAUAAAAUUAUUAAAUAGUCAAGAUAUUGAUAAAGUUUCUGGUGAUAAUUGUGAUGACAUUUGUGAAGAAAUAGAUAAAAUUAUUUUUCCUCUCACUAUUUCAGAUUCAAGUAUUUAUGCGGGGUGGUGUACCCUCAAUUGCCCUGACCAUUCUGCUUUCCUGUCUCCCAGGGAAGGAGGGAUUAUUUUAUGUAGUCCUAAAUUUGAUGUGUAUUACACAAAUGAAGAUCAUUGGGCUCUGUUAAAAUAUAAAGCACAAAUUGUUAUUGUAUCAACUUCUGGCCACAUUGGUGUUAGGAUCCACUGUGCUAUAGCUCAGUAUUCAGAUGAUUGGAAAGGCACCAGAAAUUGGGAAAUGCUGUGUAGAGAUGUACAACAUGUGGCUGUUACUGAUGAGGAAAUAUGGUUUGUUUCAAGAGGUGAUUUGUUUUAUUUGUCAGUCAAAGACAAAAAAGUUCAUACUGUUCCUUGUGAAGCAAAGUUAUCUAAAAUCUAUACAUAUGGCACUGUAAUAUAUGCAAUUACAAUACAUGGGUUAGUAUUGAAAUUUGAAAAUGAUCAAUGGCAGUAUAUAAAAGGAAUAAAAAAUUGUAGAUCAAUGUGCAUCGGACCCAACAAUCUUAUUUGGUUUAUCGAUUCAGGAAAUGGUCUUUUCAUCACUGACUCAGUAAAAGAUAAUAAAGCAAUCUGCUGGCAGGUAUCAGUUACUGGUUCCAAAGACAAAGAAAUAACCUGUAUUUGUUCAAAUAGUGAGGCAAUUUAUACCUUGAUAACUGGUAAUAAUAUCCCAUCCAUACUUUUUAACAAAACUUAUGUCACAGGUCAUAUAUGGUCUUCUGCUGGAUUAAAUUUGGAAUGUUUUCAAAUCGCAGCUGCUGGUAUUUUUGAAGAGAAAGGUUGUGUCUGGGUCGUUGACACAACCAAUAAACUUAUAGCCCUUGAUAGUUCUCUUAUUAUUUUAGAGGAGGUUGAUACUCCCUGUAACAUUGUUUGUAUAGCUAGUUCCCCCGAGGCAUUAUGGCUUCUAGCAGACGAUGGUAGUGUUUAUUUAAGACAAGGUAUUUCAAAUACUUAUUCAUAUUAUAAUCCAGUUGGGAAAAAAUGGCGGAAGUUAAAUAUGGAACAAUUGCAUUCUCAAGUUGAACUUGUAUCACUGUCUUGUGGUCCCGAUGCUGUUUGGGCAUGUGACAUUAGAGGAAAAGUUGUUAUGGUUGUUGGUUCUCCUCAUCACAUUGCAGAAGAUACAUUUAUACCUGUGUGGGUGGGUGUUGAUGGAAAGCCAAUAGAGAAUAAUACAUUCACCAAGGUAUAUGUUGGUCCUGAAACUUAUAUGGUCUGGGCUUUGGAUAAUGCAGGAAACAUUUACGUCCGAGAGGGAAUUUUCCCUUAUCAUCCUGUUGGAACUGGGUGGGUUCAUGUUCCAGAUAUUAAAGCUUCACAUCUCACAAUAAGCUCUGAAGCUGUUUUUGUGCUGAAUCAAGAUGGAAUAUAUAAAAGAGUUGGAAUAACUCAAAGCAACUACAUUGGCGAUGCAUGGAUAUAUUUUCCUGUCAUCUGUCUUGACUAUGUCACAGCAUCGUUUGGAGGAGAACUAUGGGGAAUAUGUUCCAAAUCAAAAGAUCUUAUGAAGCACAAAAAGAAAACCUUUCCGCUGUCUAGUGACAUUACAGUUGAAAAUGAUUUUGCUUUACUUUAAAUAAAUGCAUUAAGUCUGGAAACACUACUUUCAUUCUUUUAAUUUUGUUGUUUAUUUUUAUUUUGUAAAUUUGAAUUCUUUUAAGUAAGGUAUUGUUCCUUUUUAAUUUGAUUUAUUUUUAUUUGUUUUACGAAUCUAUGAUCGUAAUACAUUAUCAUGUAAAAAUACAUAUUGUAUAUCGUUGAUACAUUGUGAUGAAUUAUUUUUUCACAAAUAUUGGUGCUAAUUUAAUUUUUUUUUUUUUUUUGACAAUAAAUGGAAUAGAAUUUUAGCACUCUUAACAACAAUUGAAUGGUAGAUAGAAAUGUACCAGCAGAUUUUUUUUUAUUUUGAGAAUUUUCAUUCUUGUGUUACUUCUCAGCCAUCAGAAACCACAAUUGUUUACAUUUUUGUUUCUAAUGACAUCUUCAUAUCAAAUAAAGAAAUUAAUGUUGAAAGUAAUUAAAAUUCUUUACUAUAUCAUUUUUUAACAAAAAAAGUUGGUACAUUUCUGCUUGACAACUUAUAAAUAUCUUAAUUAAAAUUGUCUAUUGACUAUUUAAAAAAAAAAAUAAUAUCUACAUCCUAAAGAAAGAAUUUAUUUCCAGUAGGUAUUUUUGUAUGACUACAUAUCUUGUUUUUACCUUGUUUACAUUGCUUGUUAUACUAAGCUGAAUCAUUUUAGAUACAAUGUGAUUCCCGUAAUUAUUAAUGCUCAGCUUUAUUACAAAUCUUCCAUAGCAAUGAUAUUCCUGAUAAUCAUUGUUGAAAAAAAAUUUUUUUUUUUUUAGUUUAACAACUUAUACACUAAUACUAAAUUAAAGAAUGAAAAAUUCAUUUCAGGAAAAGUAAAUGUUUUAUUUUUUUCAUGUCCAUCACCGCAUCUAAACAAUAAUGCUAGUCCUUUAUCUCAUUGUCAGUUUUCCUAUUGAUCGGUUAAUUACCUUAAUUAGUUGUAAGGUGUUUGUUUUUUUUUGUUUGGCAUAAUCACUAAUUUUAUUCUUUUGGUGAUGAAACUUUUAUGAAAUCAUUUUUCUUAAAGAAUUAUGAACCAAAGAUGUUUAUUUAAUGGUGAAAAAAUUAAAACAAUAUAUAUUAUUUAGUCAUAGAAAAAUAUUUCUUUUUGUUCAAUUAGUAAUUGUGAUCUUAUUUUUUUUUUUUUUUUUGCAACUUAUUGGUAUUGUAAAAUUUUAUUAUUGUUAUUUUUAUUAAAUAUGAUUUUUGUGAUUAAUUUGAUUAUUAUUUCUGUGAUCAUGCUUUAAAUUAAUUUUUAUUAUUAUGCUAUAAUAUUUUUUUUUGUGAUUUUCCUAUUAUGCAACGUGUUUUGUGAUAUAAAAUUAUAAUGAUAUAUACUACUUAAAAAGUUUUUAUAAAAAAUUAUGUAUUUUAUUUGCCUAUGUUAGCUAUUUUUGUCUGUGAUUAUAUUUACUGUUCAUUUUAACACUCACAAUUUGUGUAUGAAUGAAUAUAUGUAUAUAUUCUAUAAUGAUAUAAAAAUGUUUUAUUGCAUUCCAAAAAAAAUUUUUGUAAAAUAUGUUUAGAGUAGGAAUUAAAUUAAAUAUGUUAAUUUAGUUGGAAAUUUCAUAUUUAAUGUGAAUUUAUUAAAUAUAAUCUUAUAGGAACUAUAAUUACUAUAGUAUUUUAUAGCUUUUUUGUUUUACCAUUUUUUGAACAUUACCUUUUAUACAAUUUUCACAGAGUAAAUAAACAAUACUUAAGCCAAUA